AUGGUUCUUGUUGCACCAAUAGAAUCUUUUGAGAAUUUGUUAGAUGGAAGUGUUGAGGUUAAUGAUGAUGUAGAGCAGAAUAACAUUUUAGCUAAUGAAGAAGAUGAACUUGGUGAGUCUAAAAUGCCAGUUAAAAGGUGUAGGAGUCUUUCAUCUUCUGUGUGGAGUUACUUUGAAAAACCUAUUAAACAUCCUAAUGGGAAAAUGAGGGCUAAAUGCAAGUAUUGUAAGAAAGACCUUGUGGGUGGUGGGAGUCUCAGUGGCACUUCAACUUUAAUUUGUCACAUGAAAAGAUGUGAGAAUAGGCCAAAAACAUUUGCUGAUUCCGAUGUUGGGAAACUAGUUCUCGAUCAUUCUAGAAAAAUAAGGAGUAGAAUAAUUGAUCAAAAUGUGUUAAAUGACAUGAUAUCUAUGAUGAUAAUAGAACAUGAUCUCCCAUACUCUUUUAUAGAACGUAAGAGGUUUAGAGAGUUGAUACAAUAUUUGCAUCCUGAUGCUAAGAUACCAUCUAGGCGUGUGGCCACUUCAAAUAUAAACAAAAUGUAUGAGUGUGAAAAAGAAAAAUUGAAACUAGUGUUGUCUAAACUUCCUGGCAGAAUAAACUUGACUUCAGAUGUGUGGACUUCUUGUACUACAGAGGGUUAUAUUUCAUUGACUGCACACUAUGUUGAUCAAAAUUGGAAGUUGCAUAGCAAAAUGCUUAAUUUCUCUCAUUUUCCUCCUCCACAUUCUGGGCGUGAAAUGGCUAAAAUCAUAUAUGGUUUCUUGGAAGAUUGGGGGAUUGAGACAAAAAUAUUUUCAUUAACUUUGGAUAAUGCUUCUUCCAAUGACAAAAUGCAAGAUUAUUUGAAGGAAAGACUUCUUUUGCAAAAUGAUGGUUUAUUGUGUGGUGGUGAAUUUUUUCAUAUUCGAUGUGUUGCUCACAUUUUAAAUCUUAUAGUUCAAGAAGGGUUGAAAGUUGCUGGUCGGGCUAUUCAUAAAAUUAGAGAAAGCAUCAAGUAUGUUAAAGGGUCAGAGGGAAGAAUGAGGUCUUUUAAAGCUUGCGUUGCUAAAGUUGGUGGUAUUAAUACAAAGAUGGGUUUGUGUUUAGAUGUUGUUACUAGGUGGAAUUCAACCUUUUUGAUGCUUGAGAGUGCACUUUUGUAUCGAUGUGCUUUUACUAGUCUUGCAUUUGAAGAUAUAAGCUAUUUGAUUUGUCCUACUAAUGAAGAAUGA